AUGAGUCGCGAAUUCACCCAAUCAGAUAUGAAGUUGACGAUAAACUCUCGGCCAGCUGAACGGAAGGUUGGGAAAGUGCACGCCACCGAUCGCGACGCGGAUGCGAAGAAUAGUCGCGUACGCUAUCAGAUCAGUGACGAGGGGAACUCCGCACUUCUUGAAGGCAUUCGACCCAGUCGUCUGUUUACAAUCACACCGACAGGAGAGAUUUACACCAACUCUGUGCCUAUUGACAGAGAACAAAUUCCCCUCCUAACCUUUUCGGUGGUGGCCAUGGACUCUGGUGAACCUCCCCUCUCUGCCUUUGCAACAGUUGUCAUCCGUAUUGAGGAUGUCAAUGAUAAUGGACCACAAUGGAUAUAUCCCCCUCCUGGUCCGCAAGCUGCUAGCAUAAACGUCUCUGCUUAUUCCACAGUUGGAAUGGUCGUUGCACGUCUAGAAGCCGUCGACCUGGAUAUCGGAGUUAAUGGGCAAAUUGAAUACGAGAUAAUCCGUGGUAAUAGUUUGAAGUACUUCGACUUAGACCGUCUCUCUGGAACACUCUAUCUAACUAAGGCAUUGGAAGUCAACAGUGACAAUAACUUAACGAAUGACCACCCUGUGCCAAGUUCUUUUGCUCUCUCGCUCAAGGCCACGGAUGGAGGUGAUCCACCUCGAAGCAACACUUCGCUCCUCCGAAUCAUUGUCCAAUCCAUGGAAGCAUUUCCACCUGAUGGUCAGUUGUCCGACUUAGUUCGCACAAAUGGGAAGAAUCAGCAUUUUUCCUCCAACAGCUACUUCAAGCAGCCGAGUGGUUACGUUGAUCGUGAUCUAUUAAUAAUGAUCGUGAUGAUCAUAAUCACUCUCCUCGUCUCAGUUCUCCUUAUAAUGGCGAUUGUGCUUCUGCGCUGUAGACAGAUCCAUUCAGCUCGGGAGGCAGGCAUGGACCCACCAAUGGAUGGAAACACCUCAACAGGGGUAGGUAUCGUUCGUGUCACGCAAGUAAAACCGCGUGCAUGGCUUCCACCACCCUCACAGGACUCUAGCGCUAAGUCAGGAUUCACUUUGGAUUCCUCCAAGUCUGGAACCGCUGCCUUUGAUGGACAUUCUCAUUACAUGACCGCAGCUGCAGAAACAACCUUGAAGUCAGCAGACGGGGCAUUUGGUCGAUUUUCACCAACAUUAAUCGUCUCCCAACAUCCUCCCGUAUCCACCACAACGACCUUCCAACGAACCAAUCAUAGCACCGAGCCCAGUCCCACGGGUGCAAUGGUCUAUGCAACUGAAACGGUAGCAGGUAAUGUGAGUCCGCGUUACGUUCAACAGAUGUGCGCUACCCUACCCAACAAUGUCACUCCCGCCAAUCCCUCCACUGUUGUUGGCAGCAAGACUGGUCUGGAUUCUGCUGGUCGAUGUUACAUGACUUUAAAUCCCGAGCUUUACGAGAUUGAGUAUCCUUACGGUCAGCUCAAAUAUCACAGUGGGGCUUACCACCAACCUGCAAGACAUAUACAUUCUCCAAGGACUUGUGGGGGACCCGUGAAGAGCACUCCUAACAUAGUUGACAUUGAGCCGCCUCCAACAGUGGCUGCAUUUGGAGAGGGCAUUGAGGCGCCUCAGGGAGAGACACAGAAACGUUGUCGCUUUAAAAUCAAUCCCUCUGGGAGUCAACUUACUCCCGUCCUCGGCAACUUUGAUACAUCAGAAAGCACUGAAGAAACAGUGGACGGGGUUGAGGUGGAGGUGGAUUCCAUGCAAAUGAAGCGCCUGCGAAAUGCCGGCCGAAAUUCAGGAGUUUUUGGAGAGGACACACUCCUUGUCGAUAUUCAGUGA